GAGCUGCUUAAUGCAUAGUAGAGCACAGAACUGAGCAUAUAUACUGUAGGCGACUGAUACUUAGAACUUUAUAUAUAAACAGACAUUUCACAAGAACUUUUGAGAACUCAACCAGAUAGACAGUUAUUAUUAUUUCAGGUGUUGAUAGAAGAAAACAAGAUUUCACCAUGCUUAACAGUCUCUGCGUCGGUUGUAUCGUACUGACUGUCCUGGAGUUCCAUAUCAAAUAUACCUGGGACAGCCUACCUAUGCAUCAUGACCCGAUAAUAAUUAGCUUCUCACCUGGUGAUAAUGGUUUGUUAAUGCAGGUGACUGCUACCCUCAUUAAUGACCCCCCUGCACCAGCUGGACCACCUGGAGAACCGUUCCCUGGUCUCUCGGACUAUGAAGUGGUGGAGUCAUUCUUCCUGAACAGCAACACUGAGCAGUAUCUGGAGGUGGUACUCUGCCCACAUGGACAACACCUCACUCUGCUGUUCAAUGGAAAACAUAAUGCAUUUAUGCAACAACUCCCUCUAUCCUUCAAAGUCAACAUUGAGAACAACAUAUGGAAGGGAGAAGCACUUAUACCUUGGAGAUAUUUCCCUCCAGGUGUUAAUAAGAUGAAUUCCUAUGCCAUCCAUGGCUCUGGAGCAGAAAGGAGCUAUGAGGCUCUGUAUCCUGUUCCUAGAGAAGACCUAGUUGAAGGACAGAAACCAGACUUUCAUCGACUUGAAUAUUUUGAAGACUUCACUCUGCAAAGCAUCAUGGGAGAAGACUGGGUUCAGCCAGAAUCGGACCUGUGGGAUUUGGUGGGCAAAUGACCAGCUGAAAAUCUCAAAUGAAGUCUUAUAACCAGCUUUUUAAUGCAUUUAUUACUUGCAGUUUGCUUUCAUGUUUAUGUUAGAGCACAAACUCAACUGCAAACUAAUCAAAGUUAAUGAUGUGGCUUGUUUUAAUGUGGGUGUAAUGGCAAUAUAAUGGCUUUUAUUAUCACAAUUUAAUAAAUCUUCUAUCAGUAAUGCGGCACUAAUCUUAGCAGCAAGUAUUCCAUCCAGCACCAUAUUUAUCUAUACAGUAUGUACCAAAUGGGAAUUAUUUAUUUUAUACUGAAAUGAAAAGAACCAUUUAAUAAUGGAGAUGUGAAAAUAGAAUAUUAAAUAAACAAAUGAUAACA